UCGUUUUGGGGCCCAGAUAAAACCACUUGGUGCAGUUGGCUGCUUUGCUGCCGUUUCCCGCAGGGAUGGAGGGGCCGAGCAGCCCUGAUCUCCUCCCCCACACCCCUCUUGGCCAGGGAAGCAGCAGCUGCAGCCUGCAAAGUUCCUGCAAAUGGGAAUUAAAUCCCCUACUGUGCAAAUGCGUCUGUACGUGGAAGCAAGGGCAGACGAGGAGGAUGGGGGCAAAUGGAUGCUUGAUGUUAGCCUGAUUUUUAGCUGGGUGCAAAUGAGAGCACCGGAGGAUGCUGGGGGCGCGUACAAGCUGAGUGCAGGCGUGGUGUGUGGGGCACAGCUUGCCAUGGUUUGGUGGCCUCUGUCCUUCCCAUCUCAGGAUUACUAUGGCAAAGAGCUGCAGAAGUCGGAGGACCUGAAAACCAAUGCUUGUGUCACCACGGCCAGGCCCCUUCCCAAGGCGGUGAGGGAUGCUCUGGAGCGUGUCCACGAGGAGGUGGUGGCCAGGUACUACGGCUGCGGUCUGGUGAUCCCCGAGUGCCUGGCAUCCUGCCGGAUCCUGGACCUGGGCAGCGGCAGCGGCAGAGACUGCUACCUGCUGAGCCAGCUGGUUGGGGAGCGGGGCCAUGUCACCGGGAUAGACAUGACUGAGGGCCAGGUCAAGGUGGCAAAGAAGCACAUCGCCUACCACAUGGACAAGUUUGGCUACCAAAAGCCGAAUGUGGAGUUCCUUCAGGGUUACAUGGAGAAGCUGGGUGAUGCCGGGCUGGCUGAUGAGAGCUAUGAUAUUGUCAUCUCCAACUGCGUGAUCAACCUUGCCCCCGACAAGAGGGCCGUGCUGCGGGAGGCCUACCGCGUGCUGAAGCCCGGAGGAGAGAUGUACUUCAGUGAUGUCUAUGCCAGCCAGCGCCUGAGCGAAGCCGUCCGGAAGCACAGGGUGCUGUGGGGAGAGUGCCUGGCGGGAGCCCUGUACUGGAGAGACCUGUACAGCAUUGCUGAGGAGGUGGGGUUCAGCCCCCCGUGCCUGGUCACUGCCAGCCCCAUCACCAUCAGUGACAAGGAGCUGGAGGGCAUCAUUGGUGACUGCCGCUUCGUCUCUGCGACAUUCCGCCUGUUCAAGGUGCCGGGUAGCAGCCGGGCUGGGCCGGGCCAGGUCAUCUACAAUGGCGGGAUCGUGGGGCAUGAGCGAGAGCUGUUGUUUGAUGCCAACUUCACCUUCAAGGAAGGAGAGGUGGUGGAUGUGGAUGCUGAGAUGGCUGCAAUCUUGCGGAGCUCUAGGUUUGCGGAGGAGUUCCUGAUCCGAGCUGGCGGGGCCAACACUGCCACACCUCAGGGCUGCUGUUGCAAGGGGGUGAAGGAGAAGAUCUGCGAUCCCUUCCAGCUGGUGGAGCGGCUGGCAGCCCCAGCUCCUGCCUGCCAUCCCAGUGGCACCUGUGGUCCCCCGGGGUGCUGCUGAGUGGUGAGUGAUGCCUCCAGAUGCCAGCGUGGCAGGAGGACGUGGCCCCAGCGGUGUGUGGCUUCCGACGGAGA